AGACUAUUAUCUGGCAUCUCGUACCCUCGCGGAAGGGGAAGAAGGAGUUCAGUCGAUUUGUAUCCGUAAACUUCUAAUCAAAAUCUUCACCGCAAACUUUCCGCACUGAAUCGUGUCUUCAUUACUGGUAUGCAAUUUUUAUCUCUGUAACAAUUUCAUUUCUACUCUGUCUAUUUCUCUGUACCGGAACGAUUACUGCUUUUGAUGCUAUCGAUACAUGCUUAAUUAAGACAGCUAAAGCUAUGGAAGGGCAGUUUUUAUUGAUUGAGACAGGAAUUCCAGCUCUUCUGGUCUAGUUAGGGUCACGAGGUGUGGAUGGCUAAUAGACCGGAUCCUGACAACGACGACGAUUUCAGUGAGCUUUAUAAGGAAUAUACUGGUCCUCCGGGGUCUUCGACGGCACAAGAUAGGCCUAAUCCAAACAAGCGUUCGAAUGCAGGUUCUGACGAGGAAGAGGAACAGCGGGACCCCAACGCAGUCCCCACAGAUUUCACCAGCCGAGAAGCCAAGGUCUGGGAGGCGAAAUCUAAAGCUACUGAGAGGAACUGGAAGAAGAGGAAAGAGGAGGAAAUGAUUUGCAAAAUAUGCGGAGAAUCAGGUCACUUCACUCAGGGUUGUCCUACAACUCUGGGAGCAAACCGCAAGUCCCAAGAUUUCUUUGAAAGGGUACCCGCUAGGGAAAAGCAUGUAAAGGCACUCUUCACAGGCAAAGUGAUCCAGAGGAUUGAAAAUGACGUAGGCUGCAAAAUCAAAAUGGAGGAAAAGUUUAUAAUUGUCAGUGGUAGAGAUAGGUUGAUUCUGGCCAAAGGUGUUGAUGCUGUGCACAAAGUGAUCAAGGAGGAGGGUGGUCAAAAGGGUGCAUCUAGUUCUCAGACGAGUAUGUCUAGGUCACCAGAGCAAAGCCCCAGUGAUGGACGAUUUCGCCGAUCUGAAUCCCAAAGGUCUCAGCCACGUGAUUCACCACAUUUCCAGCAAAGGUUUGGCAGACAAGAUAAAGUUGCUGAAGACCGUGUCCGUGAGGAUAUUCGUAGGUUCCCAAGGGGUUCUCCACAAGCAAGAGCUUAUGGUAAUAAUGGAGCUAGAGGUCGCCCAAGCCGCUCUAAAUCUCCUGCACGUCCUUAUUACGCCGGUAACUCAGUCAAUUCAUAUGAUGGUCACAACCCGAGCUUAGGUGGUUAUAGGACUGAUGGGCUGGAUAUUGAAAGACGGGGUUCUAAUUUACCAUAUGGCAAUCAAGUUGAAUACUCCACUAUCCCUCAGACCUUAGAAGCUUUAGAGUUGGAGUAUAAACGAGAGGCAACAGAGCUUGUAAGAAUUUGUGACAAGGAAGAAGAUGAAGAGAAUAAGAAGCAUCGUGAGACUAUCAGGGAUAUGAGAGAGAGUUACAUGAAUAAACUUGCUUCCUUAAGGGGCAUGCAUGCAAAACAGUGGGAAGAGUUUCUUCAACUUGACGCCCAAAGGCGUCAACAAGAAGCAGGGACCCAAAUGUCUGCGUCAGGUUUUGGUGGUUAUAAACAGCAUGCUUAUUCUGUCUCUGAUGGCCCCUCAGUUAAUCAUCACUAUGCUGGGGCUAGUUUUCCUAUGGAUACAAGGGGAGGAUAUCCGAAUUCUAUAGAUAGUUAUCCUUCAAGGACUCAAGACACGUACAGUGACUUCCAGCGUCCUGGACGUGAGGAUUUCAGGAAAGCUUACAACAGAUACUAGAUUUGUAUAAAUGAAACUGAUUUUGGGUCCAGACUUUGGCUGGAUAGAAGUAAUGCAGUGGAGCCUCUAAUCUAAGGUAAGUUAAUGGGGACUCGAAUGGGGCUAAAAUUCAAUGGGAUUGACGUGUUGCGUUAGUUACAUUUUCAAGUCGGAGAUUCGGUUUCUUGCUUUAGUUACAUUUUCAAGUCGGAGAUUCGGUUUCUUUCUGGACUUUUUUGUUAUAAGGUGGCAUGUUUUGUUUGAAGUUUGAAGGUCCACUGACUUUGAAAAUGCAUGAAGUUUGCCUCUUUGAGUUCAGUUUACA